UCAAAAGUGACCGAAGUUCCAAACUUCACCCCUUUCGUCCACCUUUCCCACUCACCGUCUCGCUCUCUCUCCCCGACCUCCCCUACCUCUCGAAAAGAAAAAAAAAAAAAACAAAAAUCUCUCGAUCAAGCAAGUUUUUGAUAUUUUCUAAGGUCGGCGAUCAGCUAUAGGUCAUUAAUUUACAUCCUUUGACUUCAUUGAUUUUUCUUCUCUCUUUCUCUAAUCUUCCUGAUCUGGUCAUUCCCCUAAUUCUUUGUACAAAUGGCGGACUACCCUAUAUUUUAGUAUUUAACAAGUUAACUACAGAUUCUUGAACUUUAAUACCGACGCUUCAUGCUUUAUUGCUAAAUAAGAUGAAAACUGCUUGUUCCGUAGCUCAUUAUUCAGGUUUACUUCUGUUCAACAGGCAUAGAUCAUCUAUUUCGAUUCGGCAAACUAGGAGGAUCAAUUUCCAGUUUGUUAAGAUCUCAAGGAUACCAAUUCGGCAGUCCUUUGCCAAUUGUAAGCAAAUAAAAUGUGCCGCAACUGGAGGGAAUGGCCAUCGAGAAUUAAUGUCUAAAGACAGAUUUGAUUCUUCUGAGCCAUUUUGGUUGAGUAUGAUCAAGGAUGUUGCUUGGAGUUUGAGAUCGUUGGCUGUCUUUUUGCGUGAGCAACCUAUUCAGUUGAAGUAUAUAGAGUGGCCCACCUUCCAAAGCACGGUGAAGACAGCUUCCCUAACCCUCGUUCUUGUUGCUUUUCUCAUUGUUGCAUUGUCCUCUAUUGACUCAGCCCUCUGUUAUACAUCAGCUUUACUGGUCAGGAAAACUGCAUAAUUACAGGUGUAAAGGAGAUCUCACCGUGUUUACAUUAACGAAAAGAGAGUCAAAACACAAUCAAGUUCGAAUCACUGCACGAAGUUCACAUUGGAAAUUCAUCAGAUACCCACGCCCUAUAUAGAAGGCCAUCAAGCUCUCCUUUUUGCACCAAAAGUUUUGUUCAGGGCCUCUCAGCCUUUAGUUAUAGUAUUUAGCCUCUUCGGCUCCAUGUCCACUUCUCCAUCAAUGGCUUGCUUGCUUCUCUUUUCUUUGGUCUUUCUUGCUCUCCUCACCAAUAUGGUAAUGGCUCGGCUGAUGCCUAUGGAGAGCAAAGUGUUUGAGUUGAAGCUUGGCCCGCCGAAAGACGCUACUGGACCUUCCAUUGGUGUAAUCCCCCCUUGCAGGGAGUUGAAGACUGACAGCUGGGAGAAGUGCAAGCAGCCGCAAGGGAAGAAUCAUCGGUACUUAUCGGGAGGUCAUGUGAUACUCAUUGGGCUCGCGAUCACCAGCUUUGUGAUAAUCUUCGCCUAUGUCUGGGUCACUAGGGGAAGAAAUAAAAAGAGCAUGACGAUAUAGAUGACUCUGUUGAUCUGCUUCUUCCCUCAUUUUCUUCUGCUUGCGUUGGUACUUUGGAGCAACAGGGUUGGCAAGAGAUGUACAUAUUUUAUGUAGAAAGCUAGAAUGAUGAUAGAAUGAAAUAUAGGGAAAUUUGAACCAAUGUAAUUUGGUUGAUGAUAUUUCGACCACUGUUCUCGUGUUUGAUCUGGAUUUCGUUAUUCUUUACGUUUAUUUAGAUGUGUGGGUUUGUGUACGAGAGAGAGAGAGAGAGAGUUGAAUUUAUGAAAAUU